AUGUGUUUUUACAAAUCUGCGGUUCUUGUUUAUAAUGUUAUCGAAGCGUGGGAUGGCUACCUUGAAUGGAGGCAGCUGCGAUCCUACGAUAAAAAACAGUUGCCCAAGGAAUUAAAAGACGCAUUCACUAAGGAAGAGUUUCAAGACAGCCAGAGUUACGGGAAAGAAGGCUCAGUCCUUGGGUUUCUGAUACGUGCAAAGAGUCUGAUUGUUUCGAACGCCAGGCUGCUCUUGAAAGUUCCAGCAAAGUUGUACUACCUUUUAUCGUCUAAAAGCGGCUUGCGAACAGGGUCUUUUGCGCAUGGGUGGCUUUUUAUGGUGGGCCUGGAAGCGAUCAGCACUCUGAUAGACAUUCCGUUUUACUAUUAUUACCACUUUAUGUUUGAAAAGAAGCAUGGGUUCAACAAGAUGUCACGCUGGGAAUUUGCCAAAGACACCAUAAAGACGUUUUUACUGAAGUCUUUGCUGCUUUGCCCCAUCCAAAAUGGUCUGAUUCAUUUUGUGGUGUCGAAAUUUGGUGAGCGGUUCCCGUUUUACUUUUUUUGCGCUGGCACUGUAAUCGCAGUUGCCACCACGUUCAUAUAUCCGACCUUUAUAUCUCCCUUAUUUAAUGUGUUUACGCCACUUGACGAGAAUGGGGAACUGUAUAAAAAAGUCAAAGUUCUAGCCGAUAAGGUAAACUUUCCACUCAAAAAGAUCUGCAUCGUCGACGGAAGCCGACGAUCGGCUCACAGCAAUGCUUAUUUUUACGGAUUUUGGAAGAACAAGCGCGUUGUUAUUUACGAUACCCUGCUCGAGCAGCUAAAAGGGGACGACGAGCAGCUCUUGUCGAUCCUUUCUCAUGAGUUUGGCCACUGGAAGAAAGGUCAUGCCUAUUACAUCGCGGCCAUACACUUAUUGCAACUAUUGCUCAUUUCGUAUGGCGCGAGGUUUGUUAUUUUUAACCAAUCCCUGUACACCGAGUUUGGUUUCAAAGAAAUGGAUCCCGUGCUAGGAUUUUCAAUAUUUCUGGAGGACUUUCUACAGCCUAUGUUAAUCGUGCUGAAUUAUCCCAUCAUUCAACUUAUUCGCCGACAUGAAUUCGAUGCGGACGAAUUUGCGGUUUCAAUGGGCUAUGGACCCAAGUUAAAGGAGUCAUUAUUAACCCUUACGAAGGAGAAUAAGUCCAAUUUCACACCCGAUCCUUUGUACAGUGCACUAAAAUAUACCCACCCACCCCUUAUAGAGCGAUUGAACGCUAUAACGAUUGCGGAAAAAAAACGGGCUUAG